AUGGUGGGAAUGCAUGUUUAUACAACGAUUGUUGUCGUGUCCGUAUGGCUUACUGUAUGUACCGGUUCUUCAGUGUCCUCAAGUCAACACGAUGAUGACCACUUAUGGAAGAAUGAUCCCAACUAUUUCACCAGAACGAUCAGAAUGCCUAAUGCUUUAUCCACUAAGGCAGAUGCCCUUCUGUGCCAUUCUGUCGAACUCGAUGAACGUGAAGCCUAUAUAGUGAAAUACGAGCCCCAUGCCACAAAAGCGGUUGCUCAUCACAUGAUGGUAUAUGGGUGUGGCAAACCAGGAAGCGACAGGCCCUACUGGCCUUGUGGGGAAAUGGACGACAGUUCAGACGUCUCAGUGUGUUCAGACGGAGACCGGGAAAUCGUAUAUGCCUGGGCGAUGGAUGCGGACUCCAGGGAACUACCUUCCGGCGUCGGAUUCCGUGUGGGCGGUACAACCCGGACCAAACAUAUCGUCAUACAACUCCAUUACAAGGACAAGUUUAAAGGAGACUUCAGAGACAACUCAGGAGUGACCCUCCACAUGACCUUCACACCACAACCGAAGCAGGCCGGAUAUUACGUGAUGGGUAACAUGGGACAUAUACCUCCCAUGAUUCAAGAUUUCCAUAUGGAAUCAGCAUGUGAUUAUGAGCACAACGAUACAAUUUACCCUAUCGGUUACCGGACACAUUCUCACAAUCUAGGUGUUGUUACAUCCGGGUACCGUAUUCGCGAUGGCGUGUGGACUGAGAUUGGACGUAUGUCCCCACAACUACCACAGACAUUUUAUAACGUAACAAACCCUGGCAUAGACGUACAAUCCGGAGAUAUCUUGGCUUCUCGGUGCACCAUGAGCAGUGACAGAAUCGGACCUACUGUAAUAGGUCCAACCAACAAAGACGAGAUGUGUAAUUUCUACAUACUGUACUACACUUACCGGAAGGAAAACCUUCAGAUUCGAUACUGUUUUCGGGACGCACAGAAUUUCCAGUGGAGCAAGUAUUUAAUCAACAUUCCAGAGGACGCCAGCUCCAUAGAGGGACUUCCGCAUUUUACUAGGGUCGAUCCCUUUGCGCAUGUCUUGAAACAUUCCCAUGAACGAGGUUUUGAUCACCAAAAUGAAAUUAUGUAG